AGACCCAGCUUCUCAUCACCCACUGGAUUAUGCCCAAGGCUUUCCUACCCAAUGAUCCUCCUGCAACACACAGGGCUUCCUCCGCCUAAGCAGCCCUUAACCUCUCCUCCUAUGUCAGUGGCCACCAGGUCUACAGGAUCUCUGCAGCUUCCACCACAGAAGCCUUUUGGGCAGGACACUUCCUUGCCGCUGGCAGGGGAAGAAGAGUUACCUAAGGGAGGGGAACAAGACUCUGCCCUGGAGGAGCUAUGUAAGCCCCUGUACUGCAAACUCUGCAAUGUCACUUUGAACUCAGCGCAGCAAGCCCAGGCUCAUUAUCAGGGUAAAAAUCAUGGUAAGAAGCUCCGCAAUUACUAUGCAGCAAAUAGCUGUCCUCCUCCUGCCAGAAUGAGCCAUGCGGUGGAACCCGCAGCUACUCCAGUUGUUCCAGUCCCUUCGCAGGUGGGCUCCUUUAAGCCGGGAGGCAGAGUGAUCCUGGCCACAGAGAAUGAUUACUGUAAGCUCUGUGAUGCCUCCUUUAGUUCUCCGGCUGUGGCUCAGGCACACUAUCAAGGGAAGAAUCAUGCCAAGAGGCUGCGGCUGGCGGAAGCUCAGAGUAACUCAUUCUCGGAUUCCUCAGAGGUGGGCCACCGGCGGGCCCGGAAAGAAGGGAGUGAAUUUAAGAUGAUGCCUACUAGGAGAAAUAUGUAUUCAGUACAGAAUAAUUCAGCAGGUCCUUACUUCAAUCCCCGCUCUCGGCAGAGAAUUCCACGUGAUCUAGCCAUGUGCGUUACUCCAAGUGGCCAGUUUUACUGCUCAAUGUGUAAUGUUGGGGCUGGUGAAGAGAUGGAAUUCCGGCAGCAUUUAGAGAGCAAGCAACAUAAAAGCAAGGUGUCUGAACAGCGGUACAGGAAUGAGAUGGAGAAUCUGGGAUAUGUAUAGAGAUUGUUGUAUUCAGAUAGAGCAGCUUGUCCUGCCUGUUGUUUGCCUUCUGUCAACUCGCCCUGCUUUGUGGUCCUUUUGAUAUGAGUACAUUCCUCUGCUUAAUGUUAAUACAUGUAACCUGCACUGGUACCAUGAGAUGUCAAAACUGGGGGCGGGGGACGGAGAACAAGCUUCUUAGGUCAUAAUGCUUUUUCAGGUCAAUUGUGUUGAGCUACUUACAGUGUGGCCUACCUACCCCAUCAGAAAUAACUUUUUAUUUUUCCCAAGUUCUGGUUGACUAGUAGCCUGACCACUUGGAAAUAUGACUAUUUACAAAUUUCAUCUUUUUCAGUUUUAAUUUCAUGUGCUAUUAAAUAAACAAUUGUAUUGAGUUCUUCAGAUCACAGUAAACAUAGGUAAGCAGAGAUUUUAGUUUCCGUAGGCUUCAUUGGAACCACCACCUCAAUGCAUUGUUAGUAGGACACAGUAUUAUAAACUGUGUUAGGGUCUUUCUCAGAACAUUUUUUUCCUGUAUCAUGUUCCCCCAUCAUUGAAAUGUAGGUUUUCUUGAAUUCAGACACUUCCAAUAUGCUUAUGUACUUCCAAACAGCUAAACUUCAUUUCCAGUUGUGGAUUUCACACAUUUAAUUGCCACCACCCUUCCCUCCUCUUUUUGUUUUUUUCCUGAUUGAAUCAGCUUGUCUAACAAGCUCAUUUUCAUGUCCCAGCUGUGCUGUGGGGUUUUCCAAGCCUCACAUUUGAAUAUUCAGUGAGUUUUAAGGUGGAUAUGAUGUUUUUAAAAAUAUGUUUUUCAGGUGACAUUAGGAAACAAAAAGAUGUGUGUGAUUUUUAAAUUUAGAGUUACUUCUUCAUUGAUCAUAACACACUUAUAUGAUGGUCUCAACCAUAAGUUAAGAUUGCUUGAUAUUUUGUUUUGGCAGACUUUGUA